GCACGGGUGUGCCCAGGACUGGUCCAGGUGGUGGACCAGAGGAAGCUGACCACCACCUGUGGCAUGGACAUGUACAAGUUCCCCCUGGACCUCCAGAUCUGCACCUGUCACCUUUUAUUCACUCUUGAAUUACGAUGACAUCACCUUGGGAUGCUUGAUCACAGAAGAUUCCAAGAACAACUUCAGCAGAAGGAACUUAAAUCAAGGGGAAUGGGACUUCCUGUUCAUGGAAACCUCUAAGAUUAACUUUACAGUGGAUGGUGCCACUUGGUGUCAGCUAGAAUACAAGAUCCACAUCCAAAGGAGGCCUCGGCUGUACCUCCUCAACCUGGCCAUGCCCAUCGUCUUAUUCCUGGUUCUGGACUUGGCCUCCUUCUUCAUCAACCAGGCCAGGGGAGAGAAGCUGGGCUUCAAGAUCACCAUCCUGCUCUCCAUCUCUGUCCUGCUGCUCAUCCUCAACGACAUCCUGCCCUCCACCGCCGACAAGCUGCCACUCAUAGCUUUUCACUGCAGCACUAUCUUCUUCAUGGUGGGUUUAAGCCUGCUGGAGUCCAUUCUGGUGGGCUUCUUAGGAGACCUGGACAGCAAGGGGAGCCAGGACUCGGGCGGGCGGAAUGGGGACCCCCAGAUCCUGAGCUCAGCUACUGGGGGAACAGCACAGGAGAGGGACCCCCAUCUGGAGGAGGUGGAAGAGGUGCCACUGGAGGAGAGAUCUGAUGACCAGAAGGGCAGGAGGCCAGAGGAGCAGGAGACCAGAGGGGCAGGAGGUCAGAGGGAACCUGGGUACUGGGGGAGAGUGGCCAGAGGCAUCGACAAGGCCUACUUCUGCUUCUACCUGUUCAGCACAGUGGUCUUCUUCAUAUACAUAAAUGUUCAGUGGUUUUUCUAAACGUGUUGGUUCACAGAACUUUUGUGCUUUUCAGUCUUUCUUGUGGAGUCGUCAUAAGUUGUGUAUCGUAUCUUGCAGAUGUUUAGAAGAGGUUAGAAUGAGGCUGGGUCUGUGUCGGAAAGGAUGGGAAUUGUACUGUACUUAAGUAGAUUUUUCUGGUAUGAGUACUUUACUUCAAUAUUUAUUUUCUGACAACAUUUUACUUUCACUCCUUACAUUUUUUACACAAAUAUCUGUUCUCCCUACUUCACGCAAAACAGAUGUAAGCUAGUCUACGAAGCUACCAUCCAAGAUGGCACCGAUGAUGGCUGCCUCGGUCGUUAGGUCGUUCUGAUUCUGAUUCUGAUUCUACCACGAGCAAGGCAGAAGGCAGCAAGAAAAAAGAGAUAAAAAAAAACCUUUUGUGUCGUGAAAAAGUUUGGAUGGGUUGACAAAAUAUUUUCAAAACAUAAUAAGUUUCUAAACUUUUUAUGGA